GGGGAGCUGGAAAAACUGAAUCAAUCUACAGAUGAUAUCAAUCGAAGAGAGACAGAACUGGAGGAUGCACGCCAGAAGUUCCGCUCUGUCCUGGUUGAAGCAACGGUAAAACUGGAUGAACUGGUAAAGAAGAUUGGAAAAGCUGUAGAAGACUCCAAACCUUACUGGGAAGCUCGGAGGGUGGCCAGGCAGGCACAGCUGGAAGCUCAGAGGGCGACCCAGGAUUUUCAGAGGGCCACUGAAGUGCUGCGUGCUGCAAAAGAGACCAUUUCGCUUGCUGAGCAGAGGCUACUGGAAGAUGACAAGCGUCAGUUUGACUCUGCCUGGCAAGAAAUGCUUAACCAUGCUACUCAGAGGGUCAUGGAGGCAGAACAGACCAAGACGAGGAGCGAGUUGGUUCACAAGGAGACUGCAGCCAAAUACAAUGCCGCCAUGGGAAGGAUGAAGCAGCUGGAGAAGAAGCUGAAAAGAGCCAUCAAUAAAUCAAAACCUUAUUUUGAACUCAAGGCAAAGUACUACGUCCAACUAGAGCAACUGAAAAAAACAGUGGAUGACCUGCAGGCAAAACUGGCCCUGGCAAAGGGAGAGUAUAAGACUGCCUUGAAAAACCUGGAGAUGAUCUCGGAUGAGAUUCACGAGAGGAGACGGUCCACUGCCAUGGGGCCCCGAGGAUGUGGUGUGGGUGCUGAAGGGAGCAACACCUCUGUGGAAGACCUGUCAGCAAGUAAACCAGAGUCAGACACCAUCUCCAUGGCUUCAGAGGUGUUCGAGGAUGACAAUGGCAGCAGCUUGGUAUCCGGAGAAGAUUCGGAAACUCAGUCAGUAUCCAGCUUCAGCUCUGGUCCUACGAGCCCCUGCGAGGUGCCCACUCAGUUCCCUCCUGCAACACGACCUGGAAGCCUGGAUCUGCCCAGCCCCGUGUCGCUCUCUGAGUUCGGGAUGAUCUUCCCUGUCCUGGGCCCCCGAAGCGAGUGCAGCGGGGCAUCCUCCCCCGAGUGCGAAGCUGAAAGAGGGGACAGGGCAGAAGGGGCUGAGAACAAGACAAGUGACAGAGUCAACAAGAAUAGGAGCAGCGCCAGGAGCAGCUCCACUGAAGGGCUGGCUCUGGAUAACCGAAUGAAGCAGCUCUCCCUGCAGUGCAUGAAAAUCAAAGAGGGAAUAUGUGCAAGCAGAAAAGCUGCCCAGAUUGGCUGAGUUCUCCUCGUGCCCUGUCCUGAUUAAUGGGAGUAUAAAUAUUUAUACAUGAACUUCUAAGUGUUUGAAGAACGUUGUGCCAAUAAUAUAUGCCAAAUCUUAAGCGUU